GUCCACAUCCAAAAUGCUGCACUGGCCGGUGGAGUCGCAGCGGGAACCGCUGGUGAAAUGAUGCUGACACCUUACGGCUCUAUGAUUGUUGGUUUCUUGGCCGGCAUCAUCUCCGUUCUGGGCUUCAAGUACCUCUCACCCAUCCUUGAGGAAAAACUGAAGAUCCAAGACACCUGUGGGGUUCACAACCUGCACGGCAUGCCCGGUGUCCUGGGCGCUAUUGUGGGAGCUGUCACUGCUGCUGUUGCAAGCACGGACGUUUAUGGAAAUGGUAUGAAAGAUGUGUUCCCUGAUGUGGCAAAAGGAGAUAUUCAACCGUCUGCACAGGGCGGUCGUCAGGCCAUAUCCCUUGCUGUCACCUUCGGCUUCGCCCUGCUGGGAGGGCUUAUUGUUGGUUUCAUUUUGAAGCUGCCUGUCUUUGGUACUCCUCCUGACACCAUCUGCUUUGAGGACAACAUCUACUGGGAGGUGCCUGGAGAAGAGGAGGGUCACGAGGGCCAGUUGACCGCUGUGAGGGCCGAAGAGUCUCAGAAGCUUGACAGUUAGAAUCAGACACACACACAUACUGAGGUUUUGAUAUCCAAGCACUCCAGUAUUACACCCUUUAGGUUGUAAAAAAUAAAAAUGUUCCUCAUGUCAACUG